GAUAAGCAUUUCAGCAGCCGCGUCUCCAAAGUCACCCACCGCGAGCGCCCCUACCAGGACCACGAAGGCUCGUACUUGGUUCUUUUUGCUGUUCAGCCGCAUCCAAGAACAAGGAAACAUGGAUCGUUAAGGUCUCCUUGGGUUACUGGUACUGUCAACAUUACCCCUGAUACCUGCAUGUCGCGGAGCCUAUCCCUUGGCCUGAUUGUGGCACUGGCUUGACAAUGAUCAAGGCUAUCUUCUACAGCAAAUUCGACACCCAGGAGGGCCCCAAGGUUGUCCAUCAAGUCCCCGACGGCGCCAUCGUUCCCUCGUCCACCGCGCCAGCGCAACCCCUCUUCCUGACCUUCUCCGACGUCUCAUUCUUCGUGAUUCCCCGCCAGGAGCUAUGUGGCAACCUGUUGCAGGUCUGCACGAACGGAUACCGUAUUCUAGGCUAUCCUAUUUGCAUGAAAUCAGACCGCUAUUCUCGAAAUGAGUUCAUCUUCAACUUUUGCAUUGUGCUGGCCGAAGAGGACGAUUUCAGUCAGUACAAGAGCGUGGUGCAAAAGCUUGCGGACUUGAUGCAUGCACUGGAAGAACAGAAUGGGUUUCUAUCGAGAGAUUUCUCCAAGACUGGCGAGGGGAAGGUGCAUAGCCUGUGUGAGAUGUUGAUGGAGGAUUUGAACAAUUAUUGCGAGUGCAUGAUUCCAAUUGAUGAGCUCAAUACUCUGAACAUCAAAUUAUUCCCCAUCUAUCCCUCGCCACCACCGGUCAAGGCGUGGCAGGUACCCUUGUUCACGGUCCGGUAUCAGGCUUUUAUGGAUGAGAAUUGGGAUCUCUCCUUGCAGCGAAUCGUUCCACAUAUCAAUGGCGUCAACAGCGUCCGUAUUAUCUCUAUCCUCGCAGAUACCGACUUUCGGCUCACAUGCCGAGCAAUCCGACACUUGUUAUACUACGGUUGUCUAUUCCUUUUGGACAUUUUCUCAUUCUCUGCCAUAUACGCACCAACAGCUCAGUUCAGCGUCAGCAUUGGCUCAGAUGAAGCCAUGCAACUUGAGUGUGCACGCUACGUCAAUACACGUUUCGCGCCACAUACACCGAUUGGCCCUCACACCCCCCUUCCACCGCAGAUCGCACCAGUAGCAGCCGCAACCAGUGGCGGGAGUACUGGUGGUGCUGGGCCGCUCUCAAGCCCACUGACUGAUCCCGCCCCGAGUCUAUCUCGCGACGAUUACCGCUUCGAUGCAGAAGAGAUAUGGCCAUUAUUGGGCGACUUAGAAGAUGCACCGAAUGGUAGCCGCAAAGUCACCAACAUCCCCGAAAACGACAGUAUCCCCGCUGGCCAAGGCCCCCGAGUCGUGGAUGGCGUAGGCAUCGUCGAGCUCUACGCGGCCCUGAAACAGGGCCAGAGUGUGAAACAAUGGUACUCACAGCACAGCCGCGAGCUUGCCAAUAUUGAUAUUCGCCGCUUCAUCACAUUUGGCGUGAUUAAGGGCUUCCUCUACCGCGUACACAAAUACGCCUGCGCAACCGGUCAGCCGGCGCCGGCACCGCGCUCAUCGUCUAUCGUUCCCAUGACUACAUCGGCGGGGCCGUCCUCUCGUACUACGACUGGGAACAAUACUCCGUACGCGGCAUCUAGUGUGGGCGAGGACGCUCCUCUUUCUGCCCGACGAGAUGCUAGUCGUGAACGUGCGGCAUCUUUUCACAGUGGGAGCCGCGGUGGCAUUGGGGUGGGGAGUGUGCCAUCAGGAGUCUUUGAAGAGGAAGAGGAUGAGAUCGAUGAUCGGACGCUGUCCAAGUACCUUGAUGGUACACACAGCUUCGACCAAAUUUGUACAGAACUGGAGAUAAGCGAGCGUGAGCUGACGGGUCGAUUGAAACGGUAUCCUGGAGAGGUGCUGAUUCUCCACCGAUGAUGUUGUUUACGGAGGAUGGUGUGUCAUUUUGAUAGUUUUGAGUUGUUCUUAGUUCAUAGAUACCCGAUUCUUCUUUUCUUUCUAGAGUCGCUCAGGCCUAUCAGUAGUCGAGUUUGGA